AGCUGGAGCUCAGAGUUGUAGGAGGAGAGACAGCUACGCCUCUGUACGGGACACCACCACCAGCAGCAGCAGCAACAACGACACGGGCUACAACUGCAAGAGAACAACAAGAUGAAACAUUUGGUGAAACAUUCAAGCAGGAGGAACACCAUGGUGACAAACGCCCAGCUGAGCAGUUCUCUCACCAAUCAGCAAUCACACAGAAGGAAACACACAAAGCACUAAGAAAGGACCAAACUUCUUCCUGUGGUGAUGCAGAUAUCCAGUUCCAGCGGUCCAGCUUCACCUCCUGCCACGUCCUCCGACUCUCCACUAAUCCAGGCAUAAAACACAGCAAGAGUUUACACAGAUUGAUUGAACCACAGCGAGUUGAGACCAAGGACAGCAGUUUUCAGAUUAAUGGAAGAACGUCUGCAUCACAAACCUCUAUAGAGGCACCCAGCAUCUAUCGAUUGUCAGAGGCAAUACCAUUUCCAGCCAAAGAGAAAGAUAAGGUCAUCACCGCUGAUUGCAAUGAACUGGAGAUUACCAGGGACUUGAGCAGAACUCAGGCUUGUUCAAAUAGUGACUUUGGGACACAUAAGCUUAAUGCCUUGCACAGACUUUCAUUUGGAUCACAACCAAGGACUUACACUGGAUCUCUAACUCGAGCUGAGUCAGAGGGAAAUAUACAGGACCGUACAAAAGGCCUUGCAGACCGUCUUCAGGAAUUAGCUGACCCGCCCAGAACUAUGUUGUCUUCCUCAGUGGUCACGGUUCUCGCUCCUCACUGGAGUGGCCGACUGCGACGUUCCAAAAGAUUUGAUGGAACCGGCAGCUCUGAAGCCCAGGGAAAUACGCAAGAUGUGACAGGUGCUGCAGCAAACCGUGGUUUUCAGCAGACUCAGAGCCAACAUGGUGUGGAGAGGGGGUUUACAGGUGGACUGGGAACCCAACUGAGGCCUCCAUUUUCAGAUCUCAGGAGGAACACAGUGGACUGGUCAACUAAAAGUGAUCCUUUGAGCUUGGAAUCUAAAAGGGAAAUGAUUAAAACUGUUUCUUUGGAUGUGAACUCUGGAAGGAUGGACAAUAGAAAAAUAGACAGAGGUUCUUUAAGCGCUUUAGCUACCAGUGCCUCUGUAUCGCAGAGCCAAAAUGAACAAAGGCAAAAUCCACAAACUGUCCAUCAAGGCGGACACUCAUCUUCAAGCUCCAAACCAACAACCAGCAACGUACUUCUUUCUUUAAGGAGAGGCAACAUCGGUGGCAAGAAUCUCAAUGCAACCUCCCCUCUGAGCAGUUUUCCAAGUGAUCAGAAUGGAAAAUUAUUCACAACACCCCUCUCACAGAGCUUUCUCAAUAAUAAUGAACAAGAGAGGCCAAAGCCGCUCCUUUCUCCAUCAUCUAUUUCUUACAGAACAACUGAAACUAGCCCUGUCCUUUCUCCAUCACCCUCCAGCCUGAGAGAGCAGAGCACCUCUGACAGGUUCAUCUUUGCACCUUUACCAGUGGACAAAAAUGCAGACUGCAAACCGUUUGCCCAACAGUCUCAGACAAUAAAUAGGAUUCAGUCCAGUCUCACAUCCUCACAGACAUUUUUAGGUAAAGGACCAUCAGAAAGUCAACAGAACUACAGGGACAGAAGUAAAACUCUAUUUUCAGAGACCCCAGUCUCCUUGUCCAGACAGCCCCCAUUUGACUCUUCUGCCCAAAUGAAAACCCAGUCCUUUCCUAAAAGGACCACGCUGAAACAAACUUCCUGGUGGAAGCAAGUUACCCAGGAAAGCAGUUUCCCUUUCACCCCAAAAGACACAACCAACAACAAAGACAAGCCAAACACAACCUUACUUCCACCCUCCAGUAAUAAUAGUGACAUGACAUUUCCAAGUCAGCCUGAUAACAAAAGCAGGGGUAGUCCGGUCAACAACAACAGAGACAACAAUAACACAGCAGAGUCAGUUUGCACAGGUAAUAUGAACCUUUUUAUGAGGGCACAGGGAGGAACUCACCAUCUCGGACAAAGAAAUGCUGGGAAUUCACCUGAUCGUGAUUUGCACAGGUCUGUCAAGGACCAGUAUAGCUCAAAUGUAAACAACAGAGAAUACCCAAAGCCGCACAGUGUGCCAGAUGUUUUGUCUAGUUCUAAAAUUAGCAGAGCUACAGCACAAACAACACUGUGUCAACCUAAAGAUCCAGGCAAAUAUGAUUUAACCGAUGGUUCAUAUACAGCAAAUAUGUCUGAGUUACCAUCUGCUUUGCAAAAUCCCAGGAGCUCAGAUACACCCACAGAGAGCAGCAGCAAGUACAAAAAUAAUUAUUUUCCACCCAAACCCAACAACACCCCCAUGCCUCCUCACAGCGUAGACUCACAGAGGUUUACCAGCACACCGCUCUCUCUUGAUUUCACCAGUACUGUCAAUGGUAAAGUUCAUACAUCUCAAAAUGCCUCUGGUCCUCAAACCUCAAAAAUGAAAAGUAGUCCUUCCUACCAUUCUCAGUCAGUUCCUUCUCAGACCAAUAUUCAUACCUCGGCAUAUACAACCUCCACUGGCUCUUUGUCCCAGAAAACAAAAUUUACCAACAAUUCCUCUGCCACACCUCUUGGAUUUGAAAGAAGUUAUGCUUCCAUUCCUAAACCUUUCCACCCUAAAACUAUGUCCAGCCUGAUUUCCACAGUCAGUUCUGUCUCCAAAAAAGACUAUAGCGCCACUGCUUCCAACUCCUCUUCCUCUGCUACUGGCAGCCACCCUGUAGCCACCACUGCCUCAAGUUCUUCCCUUCUCAGUCCUGCUGUCACCUCUGCCGUUACCUCUCCUACCUCUGCCACUGUCUCCGCUCUCCUAACACCUCCUGCAACACCAGUUAUUACCAACCCCACUUCAAGCCCUAAAAAAGAGGGGAAAUUUUCUAGCAGCUCAGAGAAAGAGCCAAAGAAACUUGAGAAAAAGAAAGUGAGAAGAGUGACAUGGGAUGACUCGGUGGAUCUGCAACAGUCAGAGUCCAUCGCUGUGGAGAAGCUAGAGUCGUCAGAAGUCCAAGCGACCCCUCAAGCUACAUCUAAGUACCUGCGAAAUGCUCCAUCCAUCUUCUCCUUUCUGAGAUUGAGCAGUUCAACAAGUUCUUCUGUUUGUCACCCUAAACCCAAGACCUCCAGCACUGAGGUGGAAAAACCAGGAAAGUAUAGAUCCUUAUCAUCUGACUCGGCUGAUUUAGCAUUCAGGGAGUUUGAGCGAAACAAGCAAAGAGCUGGUGAUACAAUGAUUUUUAACCAGGGAAGACAGGACUUGCCCACACCAAGGCAUGAAAGAACACUAUCAGUGGAAUCUGGCACAGUUCAGUGCCGUACUUCAGCUCCUCUCUCCCUCCCUCCUGACUUUUCAAGUGGCUAUAAGGUUCGUUAUAGCUCUCCUCCUUACUCCACGCUCAUGUCUGCAAGGAUGACACAAGGGGAGACAAAGACGAGAACAACCAGAACAACCCUCUUCUCACAACCCUCCCAGUCAAAUUACACCCCACAUCUCUCUGUAAAUACUGACCCAGUUUCAGUCAUGACCUUAUCCACAUCCAAACCUCCUAUGUCACCUCCCAGACCCUCCCUUUCCCUGUCCUUACCCCUCCAAAAGAAACCUCCCAAACAAGAAAGUCCAAAUGUUGAGGUUUCAGAAGCUGAUCGAGCAAGCGACAAUAACAGCGGAGAUAAAGGCCAAGAGCGAAAGCUAUUACUUGUAGACAACAGAAUUCACAUCAGACCUCCUUCCCUGCAAGGUGAUAAGGCAGACAGCUCCACAUAUGUAACUGAGACACUGGUUUACAGCCUUAAAUCCAAAGUAGAUGCAUCGACAGCCGCAAAAAACACCACACCUAAUGCUUUACAGCAUACCAAUAACAGGCCGGUUUCCAUGGAGACCAAGUUUAGUCAACAGUCCCUGACAGGCCAGAGUAAGGGAGCAGCAGGUGAACCAUGUCGUCAUUCAGGUCAGAGCUCCAACAGCAGCAGCUCAACAGAGAGUCAGUCCCGGGAGACAGAAGAUUCCAGCAAAAGCAUGAAGGAGACUAUAAUGGGGAAAAGCAGGUUUUUCUCAGUAGACGUUAAUAAUGAACAAAACACAAAGAGAAGCCGAUUUGCACUGAAGAAGAGCGUCAGUACACCAAACUCCAGUUUGACGAGGUCAGAGUCAGACAGGGCCAAGAGUAACAACAAAGUGGACCAAGUCUUUAGCAAACUAAAGCAAAAAUUAAGCACAAGAUGGUCAACCUCACAAGCACCUUCUGUUAGCGGAUCGAGCGAUGUGAGUGUUGAGAGUAGCAAAAUUCCAGAGGAAACGGUGUCAGAGAAAGUAAUGGUGCUGAACGACAAUCAGGAAACAGAGGCUUCGAACAGGUGGACGCAAGAUAGAUACAUUCUGAUACCGUCCUCGGCUGCUGGAAACACAAACGUUGGGAAUCAGCGCUCCAGCUGGACCGAAAAAUCAUCUCUAGAAACGGACCAUGACAUGCAAAAUGCUUGUGCAGAACAAAUUUCUGAAAAGAAAGCCCCAGUUUAUCUGACAGUCCACGGUCCAACAGUUGACCAGUUAGACCUUGAACAAGACCAAGUAGAUUAUAAAGCAACAAGCCUGUCUUCCAGAGAUCCAAGUCCCAGUAGAAGUCCCGCUUUUCCAGCUUCAUUCAGGAGGUCCACACCUAGCCCCAGGAGUCCAUUCUCUCCCUUCUCCUCUCUUUCACCAAUGUCCCCAUUUUCCUCGUCUGAUGUAACAGACGACAGCGUCUUCUACAGCCCAAAGCUGCACCGCCGCAGAGAAUCCUCCUCUCCGUGCGAGCACGGAGAAGGGAUCAGCUUGGGAGUUCCGAGAAAAAGCCGGGCAUCCGUAGGUCCUCCAUGUGUGAGCCCAGGACAUGACAAGGAAAACUUGGCAUCCUCUUAUGCAGACUUAAAGUAUGGCAUUGAGCCUGGGAAGUCCUUUUCUGUGAGUUCUGUUCUCUCCAGUCGACCCUCUGGACCGGGACGUAUUUCCACAGGAUCCAGAUUCAUGAGUGUGGGUGACCUCUCUCAGUCUGCCUUCUCUUGUGGAGGUAAUAGUGGAGAUUUGGAUCAGUGGUCUGUCAAAUCUGAUUGGAGCACAGUGUAUGACUUCCAGGCUUCUGAGGAUGGUCGAAAAUCAUAUUUCCCAAGUGAUCCUGGUAAAAUGCGAUCAAGAUCUUUGCCUCGAUCGCUGACCAGGUGCUUGGCAAACUGGAGCUCUGGAGACUCUCCUCAACAUGUAAAUGCUACAGCUUCCAAGCCUGCUCACCUCCGGAGCCCAAACAUGAACAUUUGCCAGUUUGUGUGGGAUGCAGAGGCUCCGCCCACUCCUCCUCCAACACCUCCUCUGUCACCAGUGUCCAGGCGCAUGUCCAAACCACCCAGCCUUUCCUCUCCUACCUUUCCUAGCUCGCCAGGAGUACUACAUCCAGGGGACAGCCAGUCCAGGGGGCAUUUGCCCUCCAGAGGUUAUGUAUCCAACCUUAGCACCUUUGAUGAGUCAUCAGACAGCAGCUCGGACACAACAACUGAUGACGAAUACUACUUAGAAACAGAUGAUGAGGGAGAAAAAGAGACAGAACUGUAAAAGCAGAACAAGUGCUUUAAAAAUGCAAGUUUGUGAAACAUCCAUGAGGGAGGGGAUAAAGGAGGUGCUGUAAUCUUUUGGUGUGUAAUGACAUCUGCAUCUCUCCUGCUUUUGUUUUUUUGUUUUGUUUUUUUCACUCUGUUGAGACCUGAGCUCAGUCGGGACACCAGGUAUCCUGCAUGAUUUGGUUUUCGGAAGUGGUUGUUGUGGUCAGGGUAAAAAUAUACACAAUACAAGUAAGCAUGGAUUAUCAGCAUAAGUUUAAAUACGUUUUAAGUAUGUACGUUGUAAGUAUGUUGUAUUUGAAUGCAGACCUGUAAUUCCUGGAUAACAAAUAGACAUUUAUAGUUUGAGUGUCGCAUGGCAUUAGUGAGGUAUAUGCUGUAUCUUUGUAGUUGUUUCAAAGAACAAACUACUCUGUAAGCUUAGGCUUUUUGCACAAGUCUUUAGGUUUGCAUUUCAUCCUGGUAGGUAGCAAUAAGUACUGAGGUAACGUGGAUAAAUGUGCUGUCAUAUGAUAUUCCAUCAUCUCUGUUCUGCUAUGUUUAAGAAAUGAAAUUAGUUUUUGGUAAAUGUUCUAAUCGUAAAGCUGAUAUUUUCUUAGCACUUGUUUUUGUUUGUUUUUUUCAAAACAGGCAGAGUUUUGGUUUAAAAUGAUUUUUUUUGUACUUAGGGAUGAAAUAUAAUCUUGAUAUGAUUAACAUUUGUUUUCACCCUUAUAAAGUGCUCUAUACGGUGCCUGCUCUUAUU